ACCGAGUUGUGCCUGGUAGAUAGUACAUACAUAACAGUAACUUGCGUUCUACCAGACAAUCAUGCGCAUCUGUCAAUUUCGGACUAAAUUGCAUACCGUUUGAAAAUGGCUCUCAUAAGACACAACUUAAACGAUGGAUGGUCCGUUCGGCCAGCCGAUAGCACAUCAGUCGAUGACUGGCUACCCGUCCACAACGUUCCAACUCAAGUCCAUCUUGAUCUCCUCGCGAACAAGAAGAUCCCAGACCCAUUCGUUGAUCUCAACGAGCUGGCUGUGCAAUGGAUUGCCGAGAAAGACUGGACGUACAGGGUCCAUUUCAAGAAGCCCGUUGGAUUCACAGCAAGCCCAUCGAGUAUUACCGACAUCGUGUUCGAGGGCCUAGAUACCUUUACAACUAUUCUCCUCAAUGGGAAAGAAAUCCUCAAAUCGGAUAAUAUGUUCUUAUCACAUCGAAAAGACAUUUCAAAUUUGCUUCAAGAGGAUAACUUACUCGAAAUCAUCUUUCAAUCAGCCUUGCUGCGCGGUAGGGAGCUGGUGAAAGAGCACAGCAAUGAGCAUACGUUUUACGUACGUCAAACAGAAGUCGGCAGAGUUCCAGUGAGGAAAGCCCAAUACAAUUGGGGUUGGGAUUGGGGUCCUAUUCUGAUGACGGCCGGACCAUGGCGACCUGUCUACCUCGAGCAGUAUGUUUCCAGAAUUGAUGAUAUAUGGAUUCAAUACGAAAUCAGUGAGGACUUGAAGACGUGUUCAGGCCGUAUCUACGCUCAAGUCGCCGGUACAACAUCUACGCCGGUCAGCAUAUCACUCUCAUUAAGGGGCAAGGUGAUUUGGGAGAAAGAAUAUCUUGUCAACUCUGACGGAUUAGGGAUAGGAGAAUUCCAGGUGGAUUAUCCAGAAUUGUGGUAUCCAUUCGGGCACGGGCUUCAAUCCCGCUACGAACUGAACGCAACCCUCAAGCCAGGUGACCGUAAAACUAAGCUCAUCGGGUUUAGACGCAGUGAAUUAAUUCAAGAGAAGGAUGGGUUUGGAAAGUCCUUCUACUUCCGAAUCAAUGGAUACGACAUUUUCUCUGGCGGCUCCUGCUGGAUUCCAGCUGACAGUUUUCUAUCUCAAAUUUCCCCUGAAAGAUACCGUGAUUGGAUCCGCCUUUUAGUUGAGGGGAACCAGACUAUGAUUAGAGUCUGGGGUGGUGGAAUUUAUGAAGAUGAUGCCUUUUUCGACGCCUGCGAUGAAUUUGGGGUCCUCGUGUGGCACGACUUUCAAUUUGCAUGUGCCAGCUACCCAACGUAUCACUCGUACCUGGAAUCUGUCGAACAAGAAGCAAGACAGAAUGUGCGGCGAUUGAGAUCUCACCCUUGUAUGGUCAUAUGGGCAGGGAAUAAUGAGGACUAUCAAGUUCAAGAGCGCUAUCAUCUUCAUUAUGACUAUGCAGGGGACAAAGAUCCCCAAUCGUGGUUGAAGUCGAGUUUUCCCGCGAGAUAUCUGUACGAGUACUUGCUGCCGAAAAUCGUCAAGGAAGAGGAUCCCUUAGUAGCAUACCAUCCAAGCAGCCCAUGGGGAGAUGGGAAGCCCACUACGGACAAGACAGUUGGAGAUAUCCAUCAGUGGAAUAUAUGGCAUGGUGCGAUGAACAGAUACCAAGAAACCCAUGAAUUAUCUGGUAGGUUUAUUAGCGAGUUCGGUAUGGAGGCAUACCCCCAUCUCGAAACAAUACGUGGAAUGAUCAAAGACCCGCAGCAACGGUAUCCAGGUUCGAUGAUGAUGGAUUUUCGCAAUAAGGCCAUCGACCAUGAACGCCGGAUGAUUACCUAUGUCGCAGAAAACUUCCAAGUGAAGUAUGACCUCUCAUCAUACACACAUCUUACGCAAAUUGUACAAGCCGAGACCAUGCACUUUGCCUACAAGACAUGGCGCCGUGAAUGGGGUAAGCCAGGGGCACGAAAAUGUGGAGGCGUAUUAGUGUGGCAGUUGAAUGACUGUUGGCCGACAAUGAGUUGGGCCGUGGUCGAUUACUACCUCGUCAAGAAACCGGCGUUUUAUGCCAUGGCGAGAGCUUUGAGGCCUCUAGACGUGGGAAUAUCACGAACCUACCAUGAGUGGACGGCGGGACAUGCUGAUCCUACUAUCCCCGCUCGUGAUACGAAAUUCGACCUUUGGGUGGUGAGUAGCCGACUAAAACCCGUCCAAGUCGACAUAACCGUGCGGUUCAUCUCGAUUCGCACAGGCCAGGACGUGCGAUCUUCUCUGAAGCUCGAUAAAACGACUGCGCAGGCAAAUAGCACAACGGAAGUCUUUCAGAACCAUGCUGUCGAGGUAGCAGCUACGGACCAGCAGUCUAUUGAUACAUCGCAGCCUUUCGAUUUAGGGAAAUACGACCCCUAUGUGAUCUAUGCUGUUAUGAAAACAGAAGACCAAGUCAUUUCAACCGAUAUUGCUUGGCCACAACCGUUGAAGUACUUAGAUUUCUCAGACCGGGGCGUAGAGUUGAGAGCGCUAUCCGAUAGCUCCGUCGUUGUAUCUGCAGCUCGUCCUGUAAAAGGAUUUGUUUUCGAAGAGACUCGGGGGGCGAAGUUCAGCGACAAUGGCUUUGAUCUUGUCCCGGGCGAAGAGAAGGUUGUUGAAGUGACGGGAACUAAGUUGGACUCCCUACGCUACACUUAUAUCGGAGCGUCGGAGGGGUCUAUGAAAGUAUUUGGCGAAAGGGGGCUUACGCUGACAUGAUUACUAAUAGACUAUCUACCUACCUACAUAUGGGUAGGUAGGUAUCUAGUGGUUGAGGAUU